CAGAACAAAUUCUUUUCUGCAUUUAUAGGUUUAAGUAAUCCAAGGGCUGAAACGUAUGGGGAAGGGUCAAGAUGCGUUGAACACAAUACUUCAUGGGUAGCUGCAGGAAGCUCCAGUAGUAUACCACUUUCUUUCCCUCAAGCUGGCUGCUAUCAGUAUCGAUGCUCUAAUGGUGCCGUUACAAUAUUCAUUCUUGAUCAAUCAUAUCAUUGCAGUCAAGCUGGAGAAGUGUUAACAGUUAAUCAAGUCAACAACAGUGUAACGUAUACAGGAACAAUUAUAUGUCCUUCAUGUCUUGAGAUAUGCUAUGACGACUUUGAGAAUUGCCCUGAAGCAGCUGCACUUUAUCAAGUGGGUGCCUCUACUGCUUCAUCAUCAUCAGCCACAUCUAGUGCUUCAACUAGCAGCAGCUCCUCUUCAUCAACCACCAUCAAUGCUACACCCGGCCCCAGUGCCACAAAUACUGUAUCUUCUCGAAGUUCCCAAUCAAACAUUGUCAAUGCUACUCCAAGCAGUACAACAAGUGUGUCCUCUAGCAGUAGCAGUAGUUCUUCUAUCAGUACAACUGCUCCUAGUACUUCUCCUACUAGCAGUGGAUAUGGUCUCAUUCCAUUCCUCAGUCUCAUGCUGUUUGGAAUUUUAACUGCUACUUUGAUGAAUAUUGCCAAUUGACACUAAUUUUUAUUGUUAAUUUGUGUUUAGUUUGUUUUUAACUCAGUGAUAUGUAUUUUUAUGAUUUUAAAAGAUAAUUUAUCUAGUUUAACCAGU